AUGGCGGACGAGCCAGAGGGACAGCCAGAAAGCUACACUAAAAAGAAGGAGUAUACGUUUCACAAGACUCUAGGGAAAGGCACGUUUGGUGUCGUUCGAUCUGCUGUUCGAACAUUGCCGGACGGAACACGUCGCCAUGUGGCGAUCAAGAUCAUGAGUAAAGUGUUAUUGCAAGGCAAAGAGGAGAAUGUUAUGAAAGAAAUUGAGAUGCUGCAAAGUCUAGACCAUCCCCACAUUGUGAAACUUCUGGACUGGUUUGAGUCCAAAGACAAGUUUUACCUCGUAUUCGAAGAGGCAAGUGGUGGCGAGCUUUUUGAUCGGCUUGCUCGUGGCCGGUUUACGGAGAAAGUGGCCUGUCGUACAAUCUAUGUGAUUCUGGAAGCUGUUGCAUACAUGCAUAGUCAUAACACUGUGCAUCGUGAUAUCAAGCCAGAGAACAUAUUAUAUCGAUCCAAUGCGGAAGACGCUAAUAUAGUGCUUGUGGAUUUUGGGAUUGCUGCGCAUCUUCGGAAUCAAGAAGAUACCAACUUGGAUGGAAUGUGCGGCAGUAUUGGCUACGCGGCCCCUGAAGUGGUAGCGCAGAAGACCUAUGGAAAGCAAGUGGAUAUGUGGGGCCUGGGUGUCGUUACGUUUUGCAUGCUCUGUGGAUAUGCUCCUUUUUCAUCUGGCAAUGCUGAUUUGUUCCGUGAACAGCUUGAACGGUAUGAUAUCACAUUCGAUCCUAAGUACUGGGAUACUGUGAGCAAGGAAGGCAUUGACUUUGUGAAGCGAUGCCUCACACGUGAUCCUGACGAGCGCAUCACGUCCAUGGAAGCGCUAAACCAUCCCUGGUUCGCAAUGCUGUGGGACGACGAGGAUGAGGGCUAUGAUGUAAGCGCAGGCAUUCGUGAUAAUUACCGUACAAAAUGGAAGAAGGCCGUCUCGACAGUGCGAGCUGCGCAACGUUUCCAAAUCGCCGGUGAAGUCUCUCGUGUGAAUGCCGCGCAUUACGCGAAUGGAGAGCCUCCUUCGCCACUAUACUCAGACGAUGAAGACCCAGACGCUUCCUUCUAUAAUGCCCGCAGCCAAGCUCAUACCCCGCAACGUGAUGCGCCACCUAGCGCAGCCCCUGCGACUCUCUGGGAGAAGCUUACAAGCUUAGUGGCCUCCUUGCACUAA